ACAAUGCCUUGGGCCGUCACCGUCAGCUCCCCCGAUGGCCAGCAGAGCUAUCCCGCUCCUGCAGGCGAGACGCUGUAUAUUGUGGUAGGGGAUGCUGGGCUGUCGGCUGUGCGCACCACACCCGACGACCCAGCUCUCGUUCUGGGCACACUCGCUGUGAAGUCAUACGGUGCAAAGCUGGAGGCUGGCCAUAGAGACCUGAAAAUAUUGCCAACCGGACGAGCCAGGCUCCACAAGAACAGCAGCGGCAAUGCGCCGAUUGAAGGAUUUGUGCUCCAGGCAAAGACCCACAACCGUAUAGAGACAACCGUUAUUCGGAAUGAAGACAAAAUUACUUCGACAAAUGUCGCGGGAUUCCUUACGUUCAUCUGGACUCCGCCACAGAUCCAAGUGCAAUCUUCAGAGAAGAAAGACACCCAAGCUGAAAUUGGUGAAGCGGUUGAGGCACAUGAUGAGACCGAAGACGAUUAUGAUGAUCUCGGUAAUACCGUUGUCCCCAGAAAUGGCAAAUCCCAGGUUCUGCGCUCGACGCCACAUAUGUCCGCAUCACGCUCCGAGAUCAUACAGGAAACGCCCACGAUUGAUCGCGUCACUGAUGCUGUCGGACUACCUUCUCGGCCAGGACAACCCGAAAUGAAAGAAGACGAUUCUAUAGUCACUGCUGCUGUUUACUUUACAGCUCCUCAAGACAAUGGUGUCGCUGAUGGCCUGACUAAAGUCGAGGAGCCGAACGACGUGGAGAUGGAAGAUGAUGGCGGCAAGUCUGAGGCUCUUGCUCCAGCAACCGAGCUCCGAAAAUCGUCGCGCCAUCUCAAAGUCCAGAUUUCUAAGCGACCAAGCCCGGCUUUGGAAGAGGGAGCUAACAGCCCAUCUGCCCGUACUCUCAAGCGCAGGAAGAUUGACCAAGAUGCCGACAGUGACACGAAGACGACUCCCGUGCAGACUGCUCGCAAAACGGCUACAAAGGGCAGGAGGCGAGAGUCUGCCAUCAAGGCGGAUUCCAUCAAGGCUCAUUCGACGCCGCCUCGAAGCCAACAUAGCACGCAGAGCUCGAUUGCAGGAUCACCCGUCAAUGUGGACGGCGACUACGAGGGCCCCAAACCUCGCGUUGCGCUCAGCAACUCCACUAUCCAACCAAAUGGUGCAAUUGCCAGAUUCCUGAAGAAAAGUGGCGGGAACCUUGUCGACUCUGUGGAAGGCGACUGCAACGUCCUUUGCAUCAAAGUAGGCCCGAUCCUCAAGACCCCAAAGCUCCUCCAAGCCGUCGCCCGCGGCACUCCCAUCGUAACCGACAAAUGGCUCACAGACUCCGCACUCACCGGCCGCUUCCUCCCCCUCGAGCUCUACAUACCCCCGGACCUCUCACCCGUCUGGACGAUCCCGCAAUCCCGCCUCCUCGAAAGCUACACCAUCUUCUUCACACCCGCGCUAAAAGCGAAUUACAAGACCGCUUUCGCCUCCAUAGAGAAGCUGUGCAAAGCCGUCGGCGCCCGCCGCGUGGUGAGCAAGAAGCCCGGCGGGAAAGAUCUGUACGAGCAGGAUGCUAUAUUCUUGGCGGAGGCCGAGGGCGACAAGGAUGUGCCGGCGUUGCUGGAGGCGGGGCAUAUGUGCUACACGAAGGAUUUCUUGACGCAUAGUAUUGUGGUGGGCGAGGUGGAUCUCGCCAACGAGGAGUUUAGGGUGCAGAUCGAGGAGGCGAAGCCUGCGAAGCCUGCGAAGAAGGGGCGGGGUCGAAAUAGCUGAGGGGCUUCGGUGUAUGUCGGGAAUAGGUCGACUUGAUACUGGUGGACGACGGGCACGUACUGUACAUUGGAGCGUUCGGUUGUGCACCGCGUUUCGACGGCGAUAUGAUUGGGAUGACCAGGGCAUUUUAACGAGCGACACGAUAUAUGGGUGCAUUUCAGAGCAUGGCGUUGUUUCAUGUAGUGCAUCCUUCCCAAUGUGCGAAGUAGCGUACCUAGAUAGCUUUCAGUGUUUGCACACAGAAUAUCGAGCAUACUCAGCAG